CGGUGUCCAAGCUGCUCCCGUGCGCAUUUCCGUUGGCCCAGAAGAACGAGAACUUGGUGUAUCGUCAAGGCUGCCUGGAUUGAGCACGGGUACUGUUGUUGACCAAGUUGAUGGUAUGUAUCCUUCGAAAUGACCAACAAACAAGAACGAUUUCACUAUAUCUGCAGCUUUUGCCGACCAUGCAGCCAGACACUCAAGACUUGUCGCAAGUAGCGUCCCCUCAGACGCAACAACAUCAGCGAUGACAACUCCAUCUAAUUCAUGGCCAUCGACUUUAGCUUCGAGCACGAUAUUGAUUUCAAUGUCUUCUGCGUCUUCCGUGACCACACCCUGCACGAGCUCAAGUAUAAUGAGCACUACUUCGCCAGUGGUGACCUCAAGCUCCUCUCAGGUGGAGGUUGGAGGAUCUUCUGCAGGAGGGACCGAUAUUCCUGCAUCAUCUCCUGUCCCCGUAUGGACGUCUUCAGUGAUGCCCCCUGCAUCAUCAGAAGCACCUUGUACCACUUCUUCUUUACCUCCUACUUCAGUGACAACAGUGGAAACUUCCUCAUCCUCACCUACAAUUGGAGGGCCAUCUCCGGUGAUGCCCUCUGCGUCAUCAGAAACACCUUCAGUUCCCGCUCCAUCUUUACCCCCUGCUGUGCCACAAUCAGUGACAACAGUGGAAACUAAAACAUCUAUAGGUACUCCAUCUCGUGUUUUCCCGGCACCGUCAGUUGCAACAACUUCAGAAAGUACUGCUAGCCCGGCGACCGUGACACCACCGGCAGGUAGUCCCACGAAUGUGCCUGUAGUGUCCGGUACAUCUGUCCAAUCCGUUACGCCGGACCCAUCCCCUGAGACCAUAUCUGCCUCGUCAGCGCAUAGUGUGCAGUCAGGUCCAAGUUCGCAAACGACGUCGCCACCGACAUCGUCGCCACAAAGCGGCGCUGUGUCGACCCAGCUCGCAGGUUCUCUAAUUGCUAUCAUCACAGUAUUUUCAUUCCUAGGUCUGCUUUCGUUGACUCUCGGAGUCAUUUUCUUCCUGCGCGCUAGGCGUCGUCGUAUUGCUCAGAUGCGGCGCCUUGAGAACCGACCCUCGCCACCGAACUUGUCUUCGAGGUUUUCUGUCUCCACCGUAGCAUCAGUGAUGACGCAGCCCAGGCGCAUGACGCUUUUUUCAUUGAGGACAAGGGAUUUACCUUCUCAUCCCCGCAUUCCGGAUGAUAUGACCCCAACGACACCUCUGGUGUCGCUCCAGACACCCCCUGAUGAAAGCGUUGAGAGUAUAACACAGUUAUGAGGGCUCUGGGCACAAGGGAAGGGACUUCACGGCCUUAUAUAUAUCAACAGACAUUGCUUGACACUUUCUUACAUUCCUCCUUGUUGGCGUUUACAACA